UGUACUCUCGAGAUUUUGCCAUUUUGUGGGUUCCUGAGGGCUCCUGAAGACACCAGACGACAUCUCACGUUACAUGAAUGCAGUAAGACCUCAGUGAGCAACUUUCGUCUUGGCAAUGGGAACCUAGAAGAUAGAAGUAGUCGUAAAAAGAAGCUGCCGUCUGGGAAAACACUCCCUCAAAUCGCCAACUCCUGCCGGCGCAUGUGCAGUAGGGGUUUGACGUCACACCGUUACCAUGGCAACCAAACAGCUGUCAGACCUGCGUGAACUUCAGCGUAAUCAACUAGCAAAGAUUAACAAAGAAGAUUUAAUAGACUCCAUACUAGCAUCUAACGCAGAAGAUGGUGAGCUGGCUAAAUUGAACAAGACGCUUGACGAGGUUAUGAAUGAAGUUAAAUUACUGAGAGACAUGAUUACUUCCCCAGAGAGUACACUGAACCAGAACUACACCGAACUCGAGGCUCGGGUCGACAAGCAGGCUGAGGUAAUGGUGAAGCAGCAGCAGUUCUUAGAAGCACUUGAUCGAAAAGAGCGAGAGGCGAACAUCGUUAUCUUAGGUGUACUGGAUGAACACGACACACUGGAAGGUGCCGCGCAUGACGAGGAGAAAAUUAGCAAGAUUUGGUCCAAAAUGGGUGUAGGCAGUGUGAGUGGUACUCAUCGUCGGCUGGGUAACAGCACUUCACUCGGCACCAGGCGACGUCCCAUCCUGUUCACGCUGGCUGAUGAGGGACAACGCAGUACCAUCCUGGACAACGCCAACCGCUUGAAGACAUCUGGUGACAAUUACAACAAGAUUUAUGUCAAGAAGGAUGUCCACCCUUGUGUGAGGAGGGAGUGGCGACGAUUACGGGAAGCAGAGACGACAGAGAAGGCACGACCAGAGAAUGCAGGAUGUGCGAAUCGAACUGGGAACCUUAGCGCACGGGUAAAGGACUGUGCGAAAGAGCUACCUGGCGUCCAAAGAGAGAGAGAGAGAGAGAGAGAGAGAGAGCCUGGUGUGUUCCAUCGCCUCGGGUCACGUGUCAGUGUUCAGCCUGCCCAGUCUCCGCCAGCUCAUUUACGUUGAUUUCCUUCCUCUCGCCAACCUCAGGUAAAGAAUAGUCGAUAGUUCGAUAGUCAGUGGUCGUGGCCGAUAGUGAAGGGGGCAGAGGGUGCGUGUGUGUGUCCUUGUGCCUUGUGACUAUUCUUGGUCUUUUUCCUCGGACAGUUUUUGAGUUUGAGGUGAAAGUUUAAUGUUUUCUUAAGAUGCUGC